AUGUUCUGCCUUUGGUUUAGUGUAAUCUCUAAUAAUAAUAAUAAAAAAAAACCUAUAGAUUUGUUUGCCAGCAGAGCAUGUAUUAUAUAUUUAUUUGCGUAGACAAUAAUGAUUUUUAGGCUCCCAGUUUGCAAAAUGGCCUUAAAGUCAGGUCUCUAAAUUACAUGUAGGAACCUAAAUGAAAGUCAUCUGAUGAGAGGUGCUGAAUGUUUCAGAAGAGUUGGGACUGACGGAAUCUGUGCCAUACCUAGAUAGCCUUUUGUCUCCGCUGGAAUUUUAUCGGGAAUGGGUGUGUCCAAACAAACCAUGUAUAAUUCAGAAUGCCUUCGGUCACUGGCCAGCUCUGAAGAAGUGGACGUUAACUUAUCUCAGGAAGGUAGCAGGCUCCAAGAUGGUGAGUGUGGCAGUGACGCCUAAUGGUUAUGCUGAUGCUGUUUAUCAGGACCGGUUUGUCAUGCCGGAGGAGCGGCACAUGCUUUUCAGCAACUUCUUGGACAUUGUGGAGAAGAAAGUGAUCUCUCCAAGUGUGUUCUAUGUGCAGAAGCAGUGUUCAAACCUGACUGAGGAGUUCCCUGAACUUUUAGGUGAUGUGGAGCCUGAGGUACCGUGGAUGAGUGAGGCACUCGGUAAACACCCCCUGCAAUCAGUGAAUACUUUAUAUAGCACUUUAAACUUCUGUGAUGUUUACAUGCCAAAUAUUUUUGUUAUCUUUCUAAUUGGCACAGGAAAGAAGCCUGAUGCUGUGAAUUUCUGGCUUGGCGAGUCUGCUGCUGUGACAUCCUUACAUAAAGAUCACUACGAGAACUUGUACUGUGUGAUUUCCGGCGAGAAACAUUUUCUACUGCAUCCACCAAGUGACCGGCCCUUCAUCCCCUAUGAGCUCUACCUGCCUGCGACGUAUUGCAUAUCAGAAGAUGGUUCGUUUCAGGUUGUGGAUGAAAAGGCUGCAGACAAGGUUCCAUGGAUUCCACUGGAUCCUUUAAAUCCAGAUCUUGAACAAUACCCAGAGUAUGCCCAGGCAAGGCCUUUGCGGUGCACAGUGAAAGCUGGUGAGAUGUUGUACCUCCCUUCUCUCUGGUUUCAUCAUGUUAAGCAGUCACAUGGUUGUAUAGCAGUGAAUUAUUGGUAUGACAUGGAAUAUGACCUGAAGUACAGCUACUAUCAACUUCUAGAUUCUCUCUCAAAAGCUGUGACACUGGUGUAGCUGAGUCUGGGGACUCAGUCAUAAACCUUUCUAAUGUGACUGAAUUAUAUGCGUCUGCCUGGAGUACGAAUAUGCUUGAGUUAGAAGAACUAAACAUUAAAUUAUCCUCAACAAAUGUCAGUCAGAGGAUAUUUGUCUUGCUUGCCUUUGGAGAUGGUAUCAUGCGGGCGUUAAGUGAAAUUCCAACCCAAAUGGCUAUCUUUUUUGGCUUGACAGGAGAGGGCUUGUUGACAUUUCAAAGCCUUCAUGCUUAGCCUCAGAUGCCUCAAGGAAGGCAGAAUUUUAGUGGAGCCACUGCAGGUUUUGGAAACCUCAAAAAUGUAAACCAUGUGUGUUCCUUUCCCUUUGCUAGAUUCUUUAGAGCAGUGGUUUUAAAACUGUGGGUCGCAACCCAGCACUGGGUCACGGAAUGUAAGGCACUGGGUUGUGACCGCUCUGGUCAGCACCGCUGACCGGGCUGUCAAAAGUCCUGUCAGCGGUGCUGCCCGGCUAAGGCAGGCUAGUCCCUACCUGUUCUGACAUGGCGCUGUGUCACGGAAGCGGCCAACAGCAGGUCCGCCUCAUAGGUGGGGGGGCGGGGCCUCAAUGUGCUGCCCGAGCACUGGCUCCGCACUCCCAUUGGCUGGUAACCAGCCAAUAGGAGCUGGAGGCGGGGGUGGGCGGCGCCUGUGGGCAAGAGCUGCGUGGAGCCAAUUGUGCGCCUCCGCAUAGGAGCCAGACCUGCUGCUGGCCGCUUCCAGGGUGCAGUGCGGUCUGCGGUACCAGGACAGGUGCCUGCCUCUGCAGCCUGGCUGCCCCGCUGACCGGGAGCCGCCAGACGUAAGCCCGUGCCCCAGUCCCCUUCCCCAGCCCUGAGCCCCCCUGAAAUCUGGAGCCCCCUCCUGAACCCCAAGCCCCUCAUGCCUGGCUCCACCCCAGAGCCUGCACCCCCAGCCCGGAGCCCCCUCCUGAACCCCAAGCCCCUCAUGCCUGGCUCCACUCCAGAGCCUGCACCCCCAGCCCAGAGCCCCCUCCCACACUCUGAACUCCUCAUUCCUGGCCCCACCCCUCAUCCCCAGCUCCGUUGGGUCGCAGGUAUCAACAAUUUUCUUCAACUGGGUCACCAGAAAAAAGUUUGAAAACCACUGGUUUUAGAGAACAUGCAAAGCUAUAGUCCACAGUCCAGUUUGGUAACUGGCAAAGUAAUGAGGCAAAACCAGCUCUGCAAUAACAGCGUAAUCAUCAGCCCAAGACUCCCAUUCAUUGAGAUAACUCCCAUUCAUUAUGAGACAAUACUUUCUGAGUUUUAAUUCACUGUGUUCAGUGGCUGUGUGUAAUGCUUUGAGAAUUCAGAAUACAAAUUGUGCAGUAAAAUA